UCCGAGUCGCGCGCGAGGCGUGGGGCGGUGCUGGAGAGCUGAGGCCGCGGCCAGCUCGACGCUUGGACUGUCCAGCGAGCGCAGCGCAGCGUAGCGGGAGCCGCCGGCAGCUAGAGCAGCCCCGGAGCAGAAGCAGAAGCAGAAGCAGAAGCAGCAGCCGCGUCGCCGUCCGCGGAGCCAGCCAAACCGGCCAUGGCGUUGUCGAUGCCGCUGAACGGGCUGAAGGAGGACAAAGAGCCCCUCAUCGAGCUCUUCGUCAAGGCUGGCAGUGAUGGUGAAAGCAUAGGAAACUGCCCUUUUUCCCAGAGGCUCUUCAUGAUUCUUUGGCUCAAAGGAGUUGUAUUUAGUGUCACAACCGUUGACCUGAAAAGGAAGCCUGCAGACCUGCAGAACUUAGCUCCCGGGACCCACCCUCCAUUUAUAACUUUCAACAGUGAAGUCAAAACGGAUGUAAAUAAGAUUGAGGAGUUUCUUGAAGAAGUCCUAUGUCCUCCCAAGUACUUAAAGCUUUCACCAAAACAUCCAGAAUCAAAUACUGCUGGAAUGGACAUCUUUGCCAAAUUCUCUGCUUACAUCAAGAACUCAAGGCCAGAGGCAAAUGAAGCACUGGAGAGGGGUCUCUUGAAAACACUCCAGAAACUGGACGAAUACCUGAAUUCUCCCCUCCCUGAUGAAAUUGACGAGAACAGUAUGGAGGACAUCAAGUUUUCUACACGGAAAUUUCUGGAUGGCAACGAAAUGACAUUAGCUGAUUGUAACCUGCUGCCCAAACUGCACAUCGUCAAGGUGGUGGCCAAAAAAUACCGCAACUUUGAUAUUCCAAAAGAAAUGACUGGUAUCUGGAGAUACCUGACCAACGCCUGCCGCAGGGACGAGUUCACCAACACCUGUCCCAGCGAUAAGGAGGUCGAAAUUGCAUACAGUGAUGUCGCCAAAAGGCUCACCAAGUAAAUAGCACUUGCCAGAGAGACAUCUUCAGAUCUCCCCUGGGAAUAUGCUUUCCUAACAGACAGCUCCUCUUCUAUAUAAAGUAGAAAUGUAUUUUGCAUGAAUGAGCAGUGAUUCAAGAUUAGGAUCAGGGUAGACAAGGUAUAGUAGUUAUCUAGAAAUAUACACUCCUAAGCAGUAUUAUCCUAAAAUCCUUCCACCCGCCUUCCUCUCCCUCCUUGUCCUCCCUCCGCUCAUUUGGAGACACUCCUUGACAAACUCUUCUCGGGAGAGGCCAUUGGCCGCCUCUCUGGAGUCCUCACCAUUGUGUCCAUUCACUGUGUACAGGUGGCAGAACUUUCAAGGUGCAGUUUUUAAGUGUUAAAAAUAGUAGCCUUGACAACAGUCAACCCCAAACUGGCGAGUAGUGUAUGGUACAAGGAAUAUUUAUGUUUUUUGGAAUUUGUAAUAUUUAGUAAGAGUAUAUGAAAGGAUUGCUACUGUAUCAAAAAUACUGUGUUUCAAUUUAGUCUAUCCUGGAUUUGUGCUUAAGGAUAUUACCACCAGGGAAGAGAGCCUGCUACAGAAAGUCACUACAGAUUCUGCUAUUUUCUUUGUAGAUAGAUUUUUAAUUUUCCCUAAAAUCAUUUAUUCUUACACAAAUUGUAAUGCCUGACACUAUUGGAAGCUAAUGCAGAGAGACGGAUGUUCAUUUCGAGAGAAAUUGAUGGGCAUCUGGCGGCCUGUUUAUGUGGUGUUUGUUCUGUGUAUUUGUCCAGUGCCAUUCAUUAGGACUGUCAUUGCCUUCAUUAAAAAAAUGCCUUUCUAGGUAGCCAUAGACCUUGCUGUUUGUAGAUAUUUUGAGCAACACUACAUAAACUGAUACUUAAGUUGAUUUAGCUGUAGCAAUACAAUGACAAGUAAUGUAAAAUUAACACAGAAGUCAACCUAAGGAAUGUAGGGUGGGUUUAUCAAAAUAACAAGUAACUUUUGUUUCUAAAGCACAUUUCAUGUGGACAAUCUGGAGAAUGCAUUAUCCAUCCCAUGUUAGAAAUGACAGCAGAGAUGACCAGCACUGUCCUUCCGCCUCCAUUCACUGUUAGGCUUUGCCCAGAGGAUCAGUCACUCCUUUUGGGCUAAAUUGUAGUUGUCACAGUGAGUAUGUAUUUACUACACAGUUUUGCCUAAUUUCAAUCACCACGCUUUCUUGAGUUAAAUUUUUCUUUAUUUUAAAAUUGAAAGCCUAAACCAGAGAUUAUUUGUGCUCUAACAAAGGAGAAUGAACUUGGUGAAGGUAGAAGUUUGCUGUGUUAGUACUGCUCCAAAGACUCUGGUCGUGACUAUAGUUUUUAGUAACUUUUAUACCUAACUUGUUUAAGAAGUGCAUUUCUAAUAAGCUUUGGUUUUUUUGUUUUGUUUUGUUUUUUGUAAGUAAUUUGCUUUUAGAUGGCAAUGUUUCCUCCUUUGAUAGGCCACCAUUUAAGCUCUGGCUUUAUGGAAGCCUUCUGAUUUGUAGAAGCACACUGCCUUUUUUAAGCUGUCAGUGAUUAGCUUAGUAUAGAGAGAUAAGAAAAACUCCAUCUGUGUCCAUGUGGCUCAGGGAGAUUCCUUUGUCUUACCUUCCUUAAUACUCUCUUUAUUGCUGAUCGAAAGUUUGAGGGCCCAUCAUUUGAUAAUUAAAUAUUGGAUGAUACUGAUCUGGUUCCAGAAGAAAGUACCAUCUCAUUCUCCAUGGAGAGCUCUCAUUGCAGUGGCUUCAGUGGGUGGAAGUGGCCCGUUUGCCCCAGUGCACAGGCUGGCAUUUCAUCUUCACCUACUCUUUAAAUAACGGCAAUUUGGCCUUGGGCGAUACUGAGCCUUGCCUCCUAGCUUAAGGUGUGAAGAAGACCCCAAGAAGGGGUGUGUUAUGUUGUGAGUGGUGGACUAAGUGAUGCAGAGUGGAGGGCUUCUGGAGGGAAGAGCAUGCUUCUUGAACAGUGGUGAAGGACUUCUGAAAGUCCUUGUGGAGGGUUUCCACUUCGCGUGUUUAUUCUCCCCAUGGCCUUCUAUUUAUCCAGCUGGCUGUCUCUGCAUGUCCGAGGAAGGCAGAAUUACUUUGCUCUGUAGAAACACAGGUUUUAUUUCUGACAAGGAAGUUAGUCAAAUGAAAUUGAUUGGCAAAUGAACAAAAGCUAGUUAAGAGGAGGAUGCCAGAGCAAGCUUCUACCCCAUUGCAUGUUUGUGGAAAAACCAUGGCUUAAAAUCUUGAGCAAUUUGGGAUAUAAAAAUUGCCAUGGAUUCUUGUGGUGUGUGGGAUGACAUGGAAGUCAUCUGUUUUCUGUAGCUAAUGAAUCGCUUAACCUCCUUUUGUUCCAUUUCAAUGAGGAGAUUGGAGUCUGGAUAGAAAGUCUCACUAUCUUUCCAGGGAUACUGAGAAAUUUUUUUGUUAAACAGCUGGAGAGCUCUUUACUGUUCCAGCUGAUAUAACUUCCUUUAUUUGAUGCAGAUACAAAUUUUCAGUAAAGUGCAAAUAAGAUUUAUUUCUUAUUAACAUUGGCUUUCAUAACUUCAAACCCUUGAGCAGUCUGUGCACAGUGAAGACCUGUCCAACAUUUAUUUCUGCACUGCGUGGCUGAAUCAGCUGUAGAACUUACACAUUUGUGCCGCUGCCGAGUUCAGAAUCUCUCCAGAGUUGUGAACGUUCCUUUUGUUUCUGUGCAUUUAAGAAGCCCAUUUAGAGAAUCUCUACAAAGUAAAGAUGAGAGGAACUAGAAAUUAUUUUUUCAUGAACAUUUUGAUACACAUUUCAUCAAGCUAAUUGACUCACCAAUUUCUUACACUGGUUAUAAUCAAUAUUUAAUUCUAAGAAAGGGAAGCUUCAUUAUUGCUAUUUAUGGCUUUUCAGAUUCCAUCAUUUACAGAUUAUUAAUAGGUUGAGACAACCAAAAUUAUAUUUUUAUCAUGAAAACCCUCCACUCCCCAAGCCAUAAUGUUGACCAACAAUGGGGUAUUUCCUUUAGAAUUUCUUGAACAGGCAAAUCUUAUCAUAGAAUGCUUUGGACUUCUUUCCUCUCUCUGGAACAUCCACACCAGUAUAUUGCUGGCAGCUAUUGUAUUAAAAAAUAAAUAUAUUUUCACUAUCAUAAAGGAUU